AUGUCGUCCGGAAAAGUAAAGACUGGCCAACUUUGGUCCAAGAACAAGGCGGACCUCGCAAAGCAACUCGGAGAGUUGAAGACUGAGCUUGGUCAAUUAAGAACUCAGAAGAUUGCUGGAGGAUCUGCUGCUAAGCUCACUAAGAUCCACGACGUCCGAAAGUCAAUUGCCAAGGUCCUCACAGUCAUUAACGCCAACCAACGCGCACAACUCCGUCUCUUCUACAAGGGAAAGAAGUACCUCCCUCUCGAUCUCCGAGCCAAGCAAACUCGUGCCAUCCGUAGACGUCUCAGCAAGCACGAGAAGGAGUUGCAGUUGGAGAAGACCAAGAAGAGAUCGAUGCACUUCCCACAAAGAAAGUUCGCUGUCAAGGCGGAGGCUUAGAUUUUCUGGACGUAGGUGUUUAUGAUUGUGAGGAUGGCUGGCAUGGUGCCUUUUGCCUGGUUUGUUUUCGCACGGGUCACGGUGUAUCAACGAAAAUAGCAUGGCUAGUAAAAAAGCCUUUUCCAAUAAAUCAAACGACUUGAGCAAAACAACAAAUGGGUCCUUUGGAUUUGGUGUGAUAUUUUGUGCGAGCGGUUACGCAUGGUUCCGAAAUCGAAGGAGGGUUCGAGACUUCUAUGGCCAUUAUACCCAGGAACUUGCGAACGUCGACAUUGGGGAGAGCUACGAACGUUUGCAGCAGUGAUUUCGAACAAGCUGUUACACUUCACAAUAUGCUGUGGCUCGUGCUUGAAAUUUUGGUACUGGUUGGCACAUACUACCGCAACCUGAAGAUCCCCAUGAAGCAAUGGACGCGAUGAUGCCAUUCUCUGCUGAUUUUCCCCAGUACACUUUGCCAGAUUAUGUUGUCAUAAUGAAAGCGGUAUCAUUUCAUUUUUACCCUUGCACUCAAAUCCAGCAUCUGCCUAUUGAUUCUACCUAAGGCCAAAUGCACUACCUAAAUAUCAUAUAUCACAGUGUUCCAGACCACCCAUAUCCAUUUCAAUACCCCAAUUCCCAUUCACGGCUCGUACUCCAGUUCCAAAUAUACAUGCAUUCUCCAUCCUCAGCAUUCUCCAUCCUCAGCAUUCUCAUUGAGCUUACACGAACAUUUUCAGUGACCAGAAAGCUCUUUUAAGUUGCAACUCCAGUUCCCUUUACUAUCCCUACCACUUAUCUGCAUUGUCUUCUUGUACUUACAGAUACAUGCAUAUCGAAGGAUUAAACAAUAUGCACAUAGAUCUCUAUUUACCAAUACC